AUGGCUCCUAUCAUCACUCCGGUAUCCUCAAUUGUUGCUGGAAAAAUUAACAUCAAGCUUCGUGUGCGUGUUAUCAACCUUUGGACGGUUCCAGAUUUUUCAAGGCCAACUGAGGACAACUUCAUUCAUUUGCUUCUAAUGGAUGAAAAGCUUGGAAAGAUUCAAGCAACCGCCAAGAAAACCCUCAUUCCUAAGAUACGAUCAUUGGUUCAAGAUGGGGCAGCAUAUGAGAUUCAGAAUGUGUUGGUUGCUCACAAUGAGAUUAGGUAUAGAUGCACUGGCCACAGGUGGAAAUUGAAUCUGAUAGAUCAAACAAAAUUCACAAAGAUUGAUUGCAACACAAUACCUGAGUACCAUUUUGAAUUUGUGCCUUUCAAGGAGAUACUUGAAUCAACCAAGGAAGACAGACAUGUUGAUGUCAUAGGACGUGUGGUGGAGAGAGAUUCCUUGAAGGAGAAGGAAGUUCUUGGAAAAAAAUCGAUGGUACUUGACAUAACUUUGGAGGAUACUGAGGGCAAUAGGAUCCACUGUUCUUUGUGGGACACCUACGCUAUUAGGAUGGAUGCAUAUCUCACCGUCCAUGAUCCGAAUUCUCCAGUCAUUGUUGUAAUCCAUUUAUGCAAGCUUAAAAAAUAUUAUGCCACAAUGGGUAUUUCAAAUGCUUUUUAUGGAACGAAACUAAUUUUGGAUGAUGAUCAUCCUGUUGUUAAAGAAUUUCUUUCUAAGAUUGAUGGUGCUGAUGUUGAGGUUACACAGGGUGUAAGCCAAAUUACCGGAUCAUUGAUUGUUCCAUUAGCUGAAGAUAUGCUUCAGUCAAGAAUGAUGACUAUCGAGGACUUAAUCGAGUCGUCUGACGUAUAA